AUGGUACACAUAUUAAGUCGCAUGCGCAAGUUGCGCGAGUUGCUAUGGAUAAGGUGCGGGCCUGGCGCUCUUAUAUUACCGAAGGAGGUAUCCAAGAUUAGCAUGGAGUUCAACACGAAGAUUUAUGGAGGCCACCGAGGGGCAAGGAAAUUCUGGCGUGAGAUGCUACCGCGAAUAAAAUACCGAAACCCAUCCGUCCCAAUUCAAAUUUCACGGCACAACGACGCAGACGGACCAGCGCUCCUCCACAUCUACACGGCUUCGAAGACCCAACCCGCAGCCGGUACUACCAACGCACCUGUAGCACAGCAAUCAGACUCUACACCGCCAUCUGGUACACCGAAUGCACGCAAUACUCUCGUUCCUGAUACGUCGAAGCCUACAUAUACGAUCAACAUAAGGGACCAGAUGGAGAGUGAGAUCUUAGAGGCGCUGGUUGCGCAGACUGGUGCGCAGGAGAUUAAGCCGACAGAGCAGGAAUUGGCAGAGAUGCGGGAGAUUGCCGAGUUCAAGGAGAGGAGUGAAGCAGACAGGAUACAGGUCAGGGAGAGGUUAUUGAAGGAGCGCAGAGAGGCUGAGCUGCUCAAGUUGGCGAGGGGAGAGGUACCGGCAACAAACUAG